UAAAAGACACGAAUUUAUUCAAAAUGCCUCAACGAUAUCUCGUGUUUGGAAUCUUAUUCUGGAAUAUUGUAUUUUUGUUUAAUUCUAUCAGUACACACUGGACGACUGUUGUCAUAGUAGAGCGAAGAGACCUUUUUUAAAGUGUGAAGAUGGGGGAUGUAGUGGUUCAAAAUAAUUUACCCCAACAAACAGGAAAAAUAUACAGUAACACGUCAACCAUUGGAUUCAGGUCGUUGAAAUGCACACCACAGGAAUGGAUGUCAUAUCAAAACGAAAAGUAUAUUCGAGCAACUAGUGACUGCGAACAAACAGAACAUGUGAAUGACUUAACUAAAUCGAUCAUCAAAAGCACUGAUGCCAUAACGAGGAGGCUGCAGGCUGAUUCGACGAAGCGACUGAAAGAAAGACUUCAUGAUACCAUUUUUUGGAAGCAGGAACUAGAAAGAGAAAUAAAUGACAUCAUCCAGGAAACCUCAUUUUUGAUCAAAGAAAAAGAUAGGCUGCAGAACGUUCUCUUGGAAACGGAUCUUCCGCUGCAAAUAGCAACUGAGAACCUGAAUACACGAGAACGUAGGAGAGGGAUAGAUAAAGUUGCUGACCCUGUUGAAUCGGAGUUAUAUAUUGAAGUGGAACUCAUACAAAACAUCCAAAAAUUGAUUAAAAAUGCUGUUGAACAAGCUGAUAAACAGAUUUGUCAGAAUCGUACAGUCAAAGAAGCAUUAGAACUCAAUUGGAGUGAUAAGAAAGAAGCUGAAGAAAUUGAUUCUAAGGCGGGAAAUUUAAAAAAUUGUUCAACAAAUAAACAGUUUUAUGCUGGAGUUGCAUUAUAUCAGGAAAAUAUGUCGACUGUUGAAAGUUGGGCAAAGGAUGCAAAUGAAGUGAUUACACGUGCAGAAGCAGAACGUCUAGCCAGUAUUGAUUUGCGUUCCUUGAUAUCUAAUUUAAUUGUUGAUACGUCACGUGACAUGAGACAGCAGUUUGAUCGUGUUAAUGCUGCUUUCCAAGAUAACUUAAAUCAACUAAUGGCAGCUAAAGCAACUUUGGAAGAAAACUUGAAAAAUGUAUUACAUAAAAUUUCAAUGUUGGAGCAUAAUUUGAAUGAAUUAAAAGAGGCUAUCCGAGCUAAAGAUGAUCCUUUGAUGAAUGCACAAACAAGAUUGCAUCUACGUACAUUUAGACCUAAUAUGGAACUAUGCAAGGAUCCAGCAUCUGUAAGCUUAGUUGAAGAAGUUAAUGUAUUAGGUCAAUCUUUAGAUGAAUUACUACACCAAUAUUCAACAGUGGAGAACAAGCUUAAAGAUUUACAUGAUACACAAAUGGCACUUGAAAAAGAAAUCGAAUUAAAAACAGAAACUAUUCAUUUGAAUCAAGUUGGGUGUAUACCUGAAAGAACAUAUUAUCCAUCAGCUGUGCGUCUCCAAGGAUAUUAAUUCCAAGAAAUUAUUUUGAGGCAAACACAAUGCAGAUUUGGUAUUAUAUGUAUCGCCUAAAAUUACUAUUCAAUGGCGAUUAGGUGUUUUGAAAGAGUGACAAAAGUGCUUCUUUAUUACGAAAUUCCAGUUAUGUGUGACAUAUUCAUAUAUUAUUGUUACAUCAUUUCCCUAAAUAAUUAUUUUACUUUGAUAGUAAAUAAAUAUUACUUAUUCA